ACUAAUUUUAGAGAAAGAAAUUGCCAGAACUGUCAAGACAAUAACUUUUUGUCUGUUUGUCUUUAUUACUACAGGACGACUAGAAUUAAGUCUGAGGCCGUUAACAUCAACAGUGAGGACAAACCCAGCCUGCCUCUCUCCUUCCACACUGAGUAGAAACCUACAGUCACUGGGUCCUGAUUGUGACAGUGGAGCCCAGUUUGCUCUGCAGGAUCCAGAGAUGGCAUCAGUGAAGCUGGAAGACUGCAGUCAAACACUGGAGCUGAAUGUCAUCAUUAAAGAUGAAGAAGAGGAGGAGAAGAUUGGGAAAUCUGUUUCUCAUGGAGACCAUGUUGAGACAUUCUCUACAUCCAGAGAGCAACAGCAGGAAGAUCACAGAGCUAAGUGGUCUCACCACUGCCCACAUUGUGAGGAGAAUUUUUCAGUUCUAUCAACACUAAAAAUACACUUGAAAAUACACCUAGGAGAGAAUCUUUAUUCCUGUACUGACUGUGGGAAGAAUUUCUCAACAUCAAAGGUUCUAACAGUUCAUCAGAGAGUACAUACAGGAGAAAAGCCUUACUCCUGCUCUGAAUGUGGGGCGAGUUUCUCUCAACUGGGCACCUUAAAACGACAUGAACGUGUACACACAGGAGAGAAGCCUUACUCCUGCUCUGACUGUGGAAAGAGUUUCUCUCGACCCGAUGACUUAAAAACACACGAACGUAUACAUACAGGAGUGAAGCCUUACUCCUGCUCUGACUGUGGAAAGAUUUUUUCUCGACUGGGCCACUUAAAAACACAUGAACGUAUACAUACAGGAGUGAAGCCUUACUCCUGCUCUGACUGUGGAAAGAGUUUCUCUCAACUGGGUGAAUUAAAAAUACAUGACCGUAUACAUACAGGAGUGAAGCCUUACUCCUGCUCUGACUGUGGAAAGAGUUUCUCUCAACUGGACAGCGUGAAAACACAUGAACGUAUACACACAGGAGAGAAGCCUUACUCCUGCUCUGACUGUGGAAAGAGUUUCUCUAAGCUGGACAACUUAAAAAGACAUGAACGUAUACAUACAGGAGUGAAGCCUUACUCCUGCUCUGACUGUGGAAAGGGUUUCUCUCGACUGAGCCACUUAAAAACACAUGAACGUAUACAUACAGGAGUGAAACCUUAAUCCUGCUCUAAUUGUGUAAAAUGCUUCACAUCAACUCACCUAAAAGUUAAUCAGAGAACACACGGGAGAGAAGCCUUUCUACUGCUCUGACUGUGGAAAAAGUUUAUUUUGAAUGUGCCUGUUAAAAGACACCAAGGUAAACAUAAAGAAGAGAAGACUUACCACUGAUCUGACUGUAUAUUAUUAUUUUUGUAAACAACAGCUGAUCUAAAAGUUCAUUAGAGAACAGACACAGGAGAGAAGCAUUACUUCUGCUCUGACUGUGGCAGGAGUUUCUCUGGCCAGAUUGGCAAUGUAAAGACACAACAACUGAUACACACUUGAGAGAAGCCUUAUCACUGCACUGACAGUGAGAAGAGAUUCUACAAUUUGGGCCAUUUUAAAAAGACACCAUUGUGUACAUAAAGGAGAGACCUCAUCAUUUCUCUCAGACCAGCUAAGGUUAGUCACUCCCCUUAAUUCUCAUGACAUUAAAUAAUUGGCAAUGUUGAAUUGGAUCAAAUGAAGAAAGCGUAGAACACUAUUGUAAUCCUAUAGUUUCUCACUGUGAGAGAACUGUACAGAGGAAAGGGAGUGUUAUAGAAUGUUAGUCUCUUUACUGAUCAGUGUGCACCGUGUCAGUUUUGGUGUGUUUUUUUAGCUUCUACUGUAAAGAUAUUGAGAUGACCUUGGA